AAGCACUCCCAUUGUCCUGCUGCAUCACACACUAUAUAACUAGAUGGGCCAUUGAGAAAAUAACAUUGGGCACUUUAAAAGAGGAAGACAUGGACACCCAUUUUCUCCAGUGUCUUCUAUUAUUAAUCUCAAUAUGUGGUUGCAAAAGUGACCUUAGCCAGCUGCAGGAAUGCCUUGAUGAUCCUGAAUAUGAAGAGUUGCUGGAUAUUGCCAAGAAUGGACUGCACAGAACCAAGUCACCUCACAGGAAACACAUUGUGGUGGUCGGUGCAGGCAUGGCUGGCCUUUCUGCCGCAAAAGUUCUACUGGAGGCUGGCCACAGAGUGACGGUGCUGGAAGCAAACAAUCACGUAGGAGGUCGAGUUUUGACAUACAGAGACCCAGAAGGCUGGUAUGCUGAGCUCGGGCCUAUGCGUCUGCCCACUGUACACAGAAUCGUACGUGAAUAUGUCCGGAAGCUUGGACUGCAACUUAACACAUUUAUUUCUUCGGACCCUGACAAUAUAUACAUGUUUAACAAUAUAAGGAAAACUCAGAGGGAUGUGAUGAGCAAUCCAAAUCAGUUUAAUUUCGAGCUUAAGGAUUCAGAAGAGAAGAAAAACAUAAGCAGUCUUUAUGGUGCUUCAAUUAAAAAGCUUCUUGAUGAAAUGAACGGAAAGGAAUGCUCAGAAAUACUGGAUAUUUUUGACAGAGCUUCCAUAAAAUCUUACCUGGUGGAAGAAGCGGCUCUUAGUAGGGGAGCAGUACAAAUGGUUGGGCAUUACAUGAAUCUGAACGCAGAGUUCUACAUCUCUUUCCUGGAAUCUGUCAUUGGCGAAAUCUAUUUCGGCAACAGCAGGCUUGAUGAGAUCACAGGAGGGUUUGAUCAGUUGCCAUUGGCACUGUACAAGAGUAUUAAAGAAGUCGUCUACUUAAAUUCUACCGUGGAAAAGGUGAUUAAGAAACAGCGGUCUGUUAUUGUGCAAUACCGCAAAUAUAAAUCCUCUGGACUUACUAGUCUUGAGGCUAACUAUGUUAUCAUCACUUCAACUGCUAAAGCCACCAGGCGCAUUCAGUUUCUGCCCCCUCUAAGCCCCAAAAAGAACAAUGCACUCAGUUCUGUCCAUUACACCAGUGCUACAAAGAUUAUACUAGCUUGCAAUGAAAGAUUCUGGGAGGAGGAUGGGAUAUUUGGAGGAAGAUCUGCUACUGAUCUGCCAAUCCGAUAUGUCUUUUACCCAAGUCACAAUUUCACCAGCGGGAAAGGCAUCCUGCUGGUUUCCUACACACUGGGAGAUGACUCCAUGUUCUUUUCAGCCCUCAGUGAUGAACAAUGUGCUGAUGUGGUUUUUAAUGAUUUAGCCGCCCUCCACAAAAAGCCAAAAGAAGAACUCCGAAGGGCCUGCCCAAAGAUUGUGGUGAAAAAGUGGUCCCUGGAUCCUUACACUAUGGGGGCUUUUGCCCAUUUCACCCCUUACCAGUUUGGUGACAUUUAUGAACAUUUAGCAAUGCCUGAAGGAAGAAUAUAUUUUGCGGGGGAAUACACAUCUUUUCCUCACGGCUGGAUUGACACAGCAAUAAAAAGUGGUUUGAAAGCAGCAAGAGACAUCCACAAGGAGGCCACGAUAUGGUACCAUAAAUAGUGUUAUGGUGUGAGACAGAGGGCAUAAAGGGAUUCUGUCAUGAUUUUUAUGGUGUGUUUUUCAUUUCUAAAUUAAACUGUUUACAAUGCAAAUAAUUCGCUCUCUUCCUGAAC